AUGGAUAUACGUCCGGAAAUGGACAUCAACCUGGCAUCUCAGUCACAGCCAGCUUCAAUCCAGCCCGAAUCACAAACCACAAAGCCAAGCGACUCACAUCAAAAAGAGUCGGAAUUAUCUCACCCAUGUGACGAUGCCGCUAAGGCAGAAACAGGUUCUAUAAUGACUGACAACCUCGGCGACCAAGAGGUCCUGAGCAAUCAGGACACCAUCAAUUACCGGACAUGUAGCUGGCAAAAGGUAGGACGCCGAGAUAAAGAAUAUCUCAUUUUCAAACAUUUGCUCAAUCAAUCAAUCUUCGCAGACGGCCGCCUUGCUAUUUUCAGAAUACAUCUGCAUAGCCAUUAUGUCGUUUCCCUGGUCAUAUUCGGUUCUUGGGCUUAUACCUGGGCUGCUGUUGACGCUGGCUAUCGCGAUGAUAGUGCUUUAUACAUCGUUGACAAUAUGAACGAAGAGGAAUUAAGCAAUAUGCAGGAGAUUUUGCCUGCGACACCCGGAAGUUCGCGACGUUUGCGAUAUCAGCAAAAUCUUGUUCUUCGACUCCGAUAUCGUCUGGCACUCCAUUGUCUAGUCGGAGCCGAGUAUCUAAACACAGUCACAGGCCAUCCAUUCUGCACAGUUGCCUUGGCCCUCAUCACAGCGAUUGUAUCAUUCUUCUGCUCUCUCCCCCGAACAUUCGGCACACUAUCAAAAAUUGGAACACUAUCAGCAAUAGCCACAUUCAUCUCCAUCCUCCUGGCGAUAAUAUUCGCCGGAAUCCAAGACCACCCCUACGGCUGGACCGAAGCAUCCGGCGACCCCGUCAUCCGCAACUUCCCAGCACCAGGCACGACAUUCGUGCAAGGAAUGAGCGCCUUCCUAAACAUAAGCUUCACAUUCAUCGGCCAAAUCACCAUCCCCAGCUUCAUCGCCGAAAUGAAGGAGCCAGAAGACUUCUGGAAAUCCGUCGCAGCCGUCACAAUCGCGGAAAUAAUUCUCUUCACCGUCGUCGGCGCUCUGAUCUACGUCUUCGUCGGCAAUCAAUACAUGACAUCGCCAGCCUUCGCCUCAUUAGGAAACGACAUCUACAUGAAAAUAUCCUUCUCGUUCAUGGUCCCCACGCUCAUAUUUCUGGGCGUGCUGUACGCAUCUGUCUCGGCUAGAUUCAUCUUCUUUCGAAUGUUUGACGGAACGCGUCAUAAAGCUAAUCACACAUUUAUCGGCUGGGCUAGUUGGGCAGCUAUCCUCCUAUUUCUCUGGACAGUGGCGUGGAUUAUUUCAGAAGUUAUUCCGUUCUUCACGAAUCUGCUAUCGAUUAUGAGCGCGAUCUUCGGCUCAUAUUUUGGAUUUAUUCUUUGGGGGUUUGCUUGGAUUCGGAUGCGGAGGGCUGAUCAGAGUUAUCUUUUGAAGAGGCAGAGUUUUCGGCAUUGGGUUGAGUUGGUUUUUAACGUGGGUAUUAUUUGCAUUGGGCUUUUGUUUUUGGGCCCUGGCACUUAUGCAUCGGUGCAAUCUGUUGUUGAUAGUUAUAGAUCUGGUGGAUUUGGUCAGGCUUUCUCUUGUGCUAGUAAUGCAUUGCACUGA